UCCUCCUCUCCCGACAUGGCGGCCCCAGCAGAGCUCAGCGGCCUGAGCGAUGAGGCAGCCUACGGCGCCUGCUCGGAGCCGGAUGCCAGCACCAAGGAUUUUUUGUUGCAGCAGACAAUGUUAAGAGUAAAGGAUCCUAAGAAGUCACUGGAUUUUUAUACAAGGGUUCUUGGAAUGACACUGCUUCAAAAAUUUGACUUUCCUACUAUGAAGUUCUCGCUCUAUUUCCUGGCGUAUGAAGAUAAAAACAAUAUCCCAAAAGACAAAACUGAGAGAACAGCUUGGACCUUCUCUAGAAAAGCUACACUUGAACUGACACACAACUGGGGCACUGAAAAUGAUGAAAAUCAGUCUUAUCACAAUGGCAAUUCAGAUCCCCGAGGAUUUGGACACAUUGGAAUUGCUGUCCCUGAUGUCAAUAAAGCUUGUAAGAGGUUUGAAGAACUAGGAGUGAAAUUUGUGAAGAAACCAGAUGAUGGUAAAAUGAAAGGACUUGCAUUUGUUCAGGAUCCUGAUGGCUACUGGAUUGAAAUUUUGAAUCCUAACCACAUGGUGACUCUCACUUAGUUCUAAUGAAGUAUAUUAUAUAGGAGAUGCACACUUUCAGUCCCCUGGAGAAAAUCUGUAACAGUGUUUGUGAAGGUCUUGCUUAAUGGAGAGCAAUCAGUUGUGUUCAGACUCUCCUCUAAAACUAUCCCCUGGGACCUCAAUGUACGUGAAUUCCUUUUUGCUGUCCUGUAAUGCCACUGCAAUUUGCUCCCAAUUAGGAAUACUCAACCGUCUUUUGGAAAAGCACUUACAUGGAUUCUCCUCUUGAACAUCGAUUAUGUUAAUAUUUCAAUAAACACUCUCAAAAG